GAUUUUCCGCAGUUCGCCCGUUGAGACGUGUUUUUGCACACUUGCGCGCUCAAAUUGUUUGAACACAGGGAACAUCCGUAGACCUUGCUUUUGCAACUUUGGUUUAUUUUCUUUUAUUUAUUUGUGUGCAUAAGACUUUUAGAUUCACGGAGGAGGGUGUCCCCAUAUCUAGGGAAUCCCACGGGGUUUUCGUGCCCAGUUGUCCGGGGGCCAACAGGUAGAUUUUCUUAACAAUUCCUCAACCAUCUUAGUUGUCCAUCAGCGAGAGUGCAACAGUUUGCGAGUAGGUGAACGAGUUUCUGGUAUUUCUUACAGAUUCCAUUCAAGCUAAUCUUUCUCAUUCAUUCAUCAUGAUCGUGGGCUGAAACUCAGUGAGACAAUCAAUCGCGGUUAGAGUGUGUGUUUACGUGCGAAAAAAUCUGUGUGAGUGGAACAGGUAAAAAGAGUUAAAGAGACACCUUUCGUAAGAAGAAUCUUAAAUGACAACUAUCUGACCCGCUAGUCUCACAUAAGAACCUCAGAACACCACAAUUGAAUGAGAAAAUCCUGGUGGUGAGGAAAGUGGUUCCAGACUCUGAGGUGAAGUAUCUCAAGUGAAAUUCUCCCGCAAUGGCAACAGAGUGGAUCACGGCGAUAGACAAAAGGCCAUGUGAUCGUAAUCUUCGGGAUGCUGAGCUCAUAUCAUGUCGCCUGAGGCGAGUAGAGCCCCUCUGUCGAUUACCAGGUUCAGCCCUUCAGCAGCUGGCAAUGUGCGGUUUUUACGAGGAUCUCGAAAAAGGUGUAACAUUAUUUCGUGCUGGAGAGCAGGGACGCUUUUGGUAUGCUGUACUUGGUGGUUCACUAGAAGUUCGUUAUCAUGCAGCGGAUGCAGAUGGAAAGUUGCCGGUGACUCUGUGUAAUCUUGGUGUGGGUGCUACAUUUGGCGAAUCUGUUCUGCACGACCUACCUCGAGACAGCACAGUCGUUACAAAGACUACAUGUGAGCUCCUGCGUGUCGAGCAGCAGGAUUUUCGUCUCAUCUGGGAGAAGAACAAGGAAUUGAUGACCGACAUCAUAACUAAUUGCAAGUUGAAAAAUGGUGUCUCUCCAGUUGUUCCUGCCGCUCAGACAAAACGACCUCUUAGUCCAGACCAUCCCAAUCCUGCCCUGCCUAUCACUGAGUCACCCAGUCCGGCAAUGUUCCGAAUGGGAUGGGCUCUACGAACCCUCCUCGUGUCCGACUCAUCGAGCUGCCUCAAGGACCGCAAGGUGUCUGGAAAAUUAGUUAGAAAAUGCGCCCCAGGUACAGAGCUUGUGGAGUGGCUAAUAAAUCUCUCGCCCAUUGUUCACACGCGCGUUCAAGCUGCUGGAAUGUGGCAAGCAUUGCUGGAGGAAGGUGUCCUGGUACACGUGAACAAGGAGCAACCUUUCAAGGAUAAGUGCUUCCUCUAUCGAUUUCGUGUGGACGAAGAUGGCUCAAGUGGUGGCCCACCAACUACAGACGAUAUCAAUUCAGCAAAUGAUCACAUAAGGGAAGCACUCAGUGGUUUAUUGCACAGAGGACCAGAUGCCACAUUACGCAUGAUACUGCGGAAGCCCUCACAUGAACGCACCCAGGAGGAAUUGGAGCUGGUCUUCGAGGAACUCCUCCACAUUGCUGCCCUCUCGCAUCUCUCAACGUCCAUUAAACGAGAACUCGCAUCGAUUAUUGUUUUUGAAUCCCAUCCGGCAGCUGGAACUGUCUUAUUUAAUCAAGGUGAUGAGGGCAGAUCGUGGUACAUUCUGCUGAAGGGGUCUGUGGAUGUUGUGAUACACGGGAAGGGAACAGUUGCCACUCUCAAGGAGGGUGACGAUUUUGGCAAAUUAGCCCUCAUUAAUGACGCUCCCAGGGCUGCGACAAUAGUGCUGAAGCAAAAUAAUUGCCACCUCCUGCGGGUGGAUAAGGAGCAUUUUAAUCGAAUUUUGCGGGACGUUGAGGCAAAUACAUUGAGGCUGCAGGAGCAUGGAAAAGAUGUGUUAAUAUUGGAGAGGGUAGCUAAACAACGAGGACAUGCUGCAUAUAAAUACACCGUCAUGUCGGGUACACCACAGAAAAUGCUGGAGCACCUUCUGGAAACCCGCCUGGGCGGUCAAGUGGGACCAAAUGAUCCAUUUCUGGAUGACUUCCUCUUGACGCACAUUGUCUUUCUGCCUGUUCACAUGCUAGUCGACGAACUUGCCAAUCAUUACCAUAGUGAUUUAGAAAAUGAAGGUGAUGGCUCCCCGAGCGUUGAGGAUCGCGAAUAUCUCAUCACAUGCAAGAGGCGUGUGGUGCAAUUUGUGCACAAAUGGGUGAUUGCUGUGAGAAAUGUGGUGUUUGAGGAUCCAGUGGCUGUGGACUUUAUCGAGGAGCUGGCCAGCGAAGUUGAGGCAGAUCCGGAUCUGCAGGAGGAGGCCAGUGUUAUGCAUCAUGUGCUAUCGCAAAUUGCACGUUACCAGGAAGAUAGAAAUCUACACAAUGGGCAAAAGUGGAAAUUGCCACCAAACGGACAACCCAUUUGUCUUUUUAGCGGCAAUCCAUCAGCUACACGGACACUCAUUCGCCCAGACGAUGACAUCAUCUUUCGGGUGUACUGCGCUGACCACACUUACUGCACCCUUCGAUUCCCCAUUGCGGCCACUGCGGAGAUGAUUAAGGCUUGCGCCUCGGACAAGUUGGUACUCAAUCGUGCUCCGGAUGAUUUGUUUCUGGUCGAGGUGAAAUCCAAUGGGGAACGAUCUGUCUUCAAAGACAACGACGUCAGCGUUCCCACGGCUCUCAGUCUCAAUGGGAGACUCUUUGUCUCCCCCAAGGAUCAUCUCGAUGCGAUGACACCGUUGCCGGAACAGGAAGCUGCCACGGAAGGUCUGGACAUAGAUAUUGAAGUUCUCAGCACCAAAGAAUUAGCAUAUCACAUGACACUCUUCGACUGGGAUCUCUUUUGGGCCGUGCACGAGUAUGAAUUGCUCUAUCACACCUUUGGACGACAUCAUUUUGGCAAAAUAACAGCCAAUUUGGAUGUGUUCAUUAGGAGAUUCAACGAGAUUCAAUAUUGGGUUGUAACGGAAAUUGUUCAUACCGCCAGUCUUAGCAAGAGAGUUUCGCUGCUGAGGAAGUUUAUUAAGUUGGCAGCUUACUGCAAGGAGUACCAGAAUCUCAAUGCAUUCUUUGCCGUUGUCAUGGGACUGUCGAACAAUGCAGUGUCUCGUCUCACUCAAACUUGGGACAAAAUCCCAUCUAAGUUUCGCAAGAUAUUCACAGAGUUUGAGGCACUGAUUGAUCCCAGUCGAAACCAUCGUGCUUACAGGAUGUUUGUGGGAAAGCUGCAGCCUCCACUGAUUCCCUUUAUGCCCCUACUCCUCAAGGACAUGACAUUCGCCCACGAAGGGAAUAAAACAAGCCUCGAUGGACUUGUAAACUUUGAGAAGAUGCACAUGAUGGCCCAAACCAUGCGAACAAUACGUUUUUGCAGAUCUCGUCAUUUAGUUCUGGAUCCGCCGUCACCAAAAAGCGAGGGAGAGGUACGUUCUUAUAUCAGUUGCUUCCGAACCAUCGACAAUCAGCGAGUGCUCUCGGCAAUGUCACACAAAUUGGAACAAUCAAGGCGAACUUAAUGUGACCCACCGAACUCCUCUACAAACUCCCAAAAUCUCAUCCAGGUCUUGGAUAAUUUUCUAUUUGCAUUUCCAUUUUAAUUACAUUACUCUUCUCCUAAUAUCUUCCACAAUCUGCAACAAAGUCAACUUCACAGGAAAACUCUAAGCUAAACUAUAUACUAUAAUUAUUCCUUGAGACUAUCUUUACUAAAAUAAACUUUAUAUAAAAGAGGAAAACAUAUUUUUAUGAAAAAAUACCGAGGGAGAUUUAUCAAAAUAAAAAAAUCACUAUUUUUGUGGUGAAAAUGGAAGAGAAUUAUUGAUAUAAAUACUUAUAUCAAUGAUGGAAAGGUUUAACAAAACAGAGUCUUAUGAAAUUAUUACAUUUUAGAAUUAAACGAGUGUAAAUUAGUAAAUAACACUUCCUACAAAAAAUAUAGAAAUAAUAGUAAAAGAUAAUAGAAGUAUCUGAUGUUAACUUUUGAAAAUAAAAAAAAUAAACUUUUCGAAUAGAUUUAAAAAAAAGGAUGAUAAGGGAAUGAAUCUUAAAAAAUGUAUCUUUUUGAACUGUGAUUGGCGAAUUAUUUUUUUAUUAAAAGACCUAUUUAAUAAAUUAGCGAGGAACAAGAUCAAUAGUUAAGGUUAGCUUUUAAACUAUAUUUAAUAAGAAAUCUUCUCUAAUAUAGGUUUUCCUUUGCCGCCUUUUAAAAAACCUUCGACUAAAGACACAAAUGUACAGAAAUUGUCUUUAGGAAGGUUUUAAUAACUUUCCUUCUACCACAGCAGAGUUUUGACCUCUGAAGGACCAACAAUCAAUAAUAAGGCAGGGCUUUGUAAGUACGAACAAUUGCUAUUCUUUGUUUUAUUGACAAAACAAUUUCAAUUAAAUUUCACAAGUAUGGAAAAUAGCCGAAAUACUUGUUUGAAACACUAAUAUUAUAUUUACUGCAAUAAAAUCCGCAGGAUAUAAAAUUUCUUUUUUUUCGGUGAAUUUGUUAUUGUGCGAACAAUCAAAAUUUUCCAUUUAUCCAGCAACAAAAAACCUCGUCAAUAUUUUAAUUAGGCUCAAAUUACCAACUGAGUUGAAGUUUCAAAAAUAUAUAGAACAAUGAAAAGCUGUUCUGAUCUGGAAGAGGUUGCUUUGAAAAGUAAGGUGUUGAUCGAAAAAAAACAAAACCUCUAAAUUUUCAAAAAAAAAACUAUUAAAAGGCUAAAAAGAAUUAGUUAAAAAAAAUUUACAUUCUAACCUCUCCACUGUUUAUGGGCAUUUUCUCAAUAGUUUUCUCGACUAUUUUAAAUGUUUUUGGGUUUCUUGUAAGAGUAAUGCAUUGGCAAUUACUUCUAACAAUGAAUUUUUAAAUUUUUUGAAGUUGUAAAACCUCAAUUUUUAGGAUUUGAUCAUAUAUAACCUCAAAUUUUAAAAUAACCUCCUAAAAAUAAGAGAACACAAUAUUUAUAAUUUGUCAAUAGCAAUUUCUAAAUAUAAUUCAGAUUAUUUUUAAUUUUCUAGUCCUCUUUCUGAUUUAAAUUAAACCCUACAGUUUUUCUUUUGACCAAUAAUUUUAUAUUGAUUGAUAAUUGACAGAUUCUGGUAUUUAAAAUGGUUAUGGAGUAUUUUGUUAUAUCUUUUGAAAACAAAAAUAAACUAAAAAUUUUUAAAUUUUAUUUAGAAAAUUACAUGUUUCGUUGAAUUAUGAAAUUCUUUUUCAGGUUAAGUCAUUCAUAACCUCAAAUUCUAACCUCUGUAUCAAAUAAGGGAACUGCCUCCUAUUUAUCGAUCUUUAUCUAUUUUUACGAAAAGUUUCAAUUGGGAUUUGUUUCAAUUUGACCAAAAACUAUUGCCACUGCAAAUUCAAACUGCAUUGCCAGCACUAAUUGCAUUUUUUAUUACAAUCCAUUUCGAAAAGAUAUUUAUCGACAAACCGUUGGAAAUUUUGAGGUCAAUUUUAUUUGAUAUUAAUUGAAAUUUCUCAAUAGAUCAAAUACCAUUAGACAAAAGAGAAUUACUGAACGAAUAUGAAGCAAUAAAUUUUUUGGAACAUAUAGAGAGAAAAAAAAAACAGAGAAGUAAAUAUAACAAUAGGGUUUAAGGUUAGUUGUUAUGUUUUAGAGAUUAAGGCUGUAAUGUAUAAGUAAUAUUAAGGAAAUUGAAUAUGUGUAAAUAUUCAAAAAGAAUUGGAACUGCACCACAAUCAAAUGAAUAGAGAUUUUUAUUUGUAAUUUGCGAUAGUAAGAGAUUUUCUAGAGAAAUAGCUGAUAGUUGUUAAUAUUUGUUUUCUUUUUAUUUAUUUACAAAAAAAAACAGAAUAAUACUGUAGAUAGUAUCAUUAAUUUAUUGGCAUUUUUUCUUUCUUCGGAAUUUCCUUUUGAGAUUGAAAGUUAUCGUAGAAUGUAGUUUGAGAGAGAAAAUUACAGAGAAAGAGACAUACUUUAAUCGAUGUUAGGAAUUAUAUUUAGAAAAAAAGAUAGAUUUGUAAUCGAUAAGGAAAUGAGAGAAUACAAUUUAGAAUAACGAUAAAUAUAUUGUAUGUGAUUAGAAAAGACAAUCUAUCUCUCCAAAUAACUCUAUAGAUUUUAUGGCGAAGUUUUACGAUGAAUCAAAAGAAGAAUAUUAAACUUAACAAUAUCACUAGCUCAAUUUCUCAACAAGAUACAAAAAAACAUGCAAAAAAUACAAAAAAAAAAACAGACAAAUCUUGCAGCGUUCUCAAACAGACCAUUUAUUUCAUACUUUUUUCUAAUUGUGAUAUAAUUAGCAUCGUGUUAAUAUUGUCCUAUGAUCCUUAGUAAUCUUAAGCAUAAACCUGUAAAAAAGAAAUCUUUACGAAAAAUUAGGGUUAAUCUCAAAAGUGUGACUAUUUUCCACACUCACUUUGCGCUCAAAAAUUAAUACCUUUUUAAUAAAAAAAAACUUCAACAUUUAUUCAAUCGUAUAAAAAACUAAUAACAUUUCAUUUUUAGAAAACAUCUCAUUUCCCAAAGAAUCUGUCUAGAGAAGUGUUAGAAAAAACGUUCAAAUUGCCAUGAAUUUUUGGUAAAAAUUCUAUAGCAACAAUUUAGGAGUCGAAGAACGACAUUCAAAAAUUAUUGUAAUUAGCAAAAUGUUAUUACUUUACAUUUUCACCCUGGGAAAAACAUAUUUCUUCCUUUUCAAAAUAUUGUGGACCCAAUAUAUUUUUCUACAAAAUGUAAAAAAAAUAUUAAAUUGAAUUUUUGUAAACUUUUGUGACCCAAAAUGGAUGUAAAAAAAUACUAAACAAAAUUAAGUGUAUGUGAGGAUGACGAUAAUUUUGCCUGUAAAAUCUGAUUUUAUUAAAAUGACUUAUUUUAUGAAAAUUAAA